UCCAUGAGAUAUAGUUUUCCCCGAUUAUCUAACUGGAAAAAGAUCUUUCCUGUACAUAGGCGAGGGAUGGCUACGGCCAUUCCUUUCGACGGGCACGGGCGAUCAUGGUACCGGUAAUAUUCUAUGCACUGGUUGUCAUGCGAUCCGGAUUUGUGCACCAUACAGGGAAGGACUGGCUUGGCGGGAAAGUGGGACGUAUGGAAGGAGUCCUUGGCGUACUGGCCAUGCGUGGCGGUGAAAGGUCUGCUAUGGGCCCCUUUAUAUCCAACAAAAAAAAAAAAAAAAAAAAAAAAAAAAAAAAAAAAAAGAAAGCAAGCAAGCGAUGAUUUCCCGCAGCAAAAACGAAAAAGCAAAAAAAAAAAGAAACAAAAGAAAAGAAAAAUAACAAGGAAAGAUAUUUGUAUUUCCCCCUUUCUCUUAUUUUAUUUCUCUCUCUCUGUCUCUUAUCUGUAAGCCUCGGAUCCCAUCAGUCACAUCUCCCGAAUGGUGACAUUUAUAUCAUAUUCCACCGAAAGUGAACUAU